UUUGACCAGUGUCCAGUAUACCCGUAUGCCGUAUCUAUCCACCGGAACGGCAACCGAGUAACACCGAAACGGCAAUCUGGAAUUUCCGUGGUUGAACGACGCGACGUAUGAAGACGAAGAAGCUGCGAUGGUUUCACAGACCAUUCACAAUCGCAACAAGUUUACCUCUCAUGUUUCGAUUUCGCCGUUUUUCAGUUAGUGCGAUUAGGGUUCUAGGACCGUGAUUGUUGAUGCACAUUAUCAUGGAAGAUUAAUCAUAAAGCAACCAAAACAAUCGAUAGUACUUUGCUUCCUUGCGGAAUGCGGCAAUGGAAGCAAUUGGGAGAGGUGUUGGUGGCGGCUUCCAUCACCAACACGCUAUCUCACUCUCACUCUGCAACUCUCAACCUCCCUCGCACCCUCGCCGUUGGACUCAACCAAACCCUAAUUCUCAAAAUCCUUUCCAACCCUACGCUCCACCCUUCGCACAAGCUCCGUUUCUUCGAGUGGUCUCGCUCCCACCACAAUCCUUCCCCCGCCGCGUACUCCCUCAUCCUCCGCGCCCUCUCCCGCGCCGGCAACUUCUCCGACAUCCCCUCCCUCCUCCAUUCCAUGACGCAAGACGGCGUCGUUUUGGACCCGCACACCCUCAAUCUCCUCCUCCACUCCUUCAUCCUCUCCUCUAACUUCAAUUUAGCACUCCAAUUACUAGACUACGUGCAACACCUUCACCUCGACCCUACCCCUGUCUACAACUCGCUUCUCGCUGCUCUUCUCGCGAAAAACCAACUUUCCCUCGCCCUCUCCAUCUUCUUCAAGCUCCCACACGCCGUUGAUUCGAAAUCCAUCGCCUGCAAUCAAUUAUUGGUUGCUCUUAGGAAAGCGGACAUGCGGGUGGAGUUCAAGCAAGUGUUCCAAAGGUUGAGGGAGAAGAGAGGGUUUUCCUUUGACACGUGGGGUUACAAUGUGUGUAUCCAUGCUUUUGGUUGUUGGGGCGAUUUGGUUACUUGCUUUGAGCUUUUCAAGGAGAUGAAGGAUGCUAAGGGGUUGGUUGCCCCUGACUUGUGCACCUACAACAGUCUCAUUGCAGCGCUUUGCAGGCUUGGCAAGGUGGAUGAUGCGCUCGUCGUGUGGGAGGAGCUGAAUGGCUCGCCUCAUCAACCCGAUCGCUUCACUUACACGAACCUUAUUCAGGCGUGCUCCAAGACUUACAGAUUAGAUGAUGCCACCAGGGUUUUUAACCAUAUGCAGAGCAAUGGGUUCAGGCCGGAAACGGUUGUUUAUAACUCUCUGCUGGAUGGACAUUUUAAGGCCACUAAGGUUACAGAAGCCUGUCAGCUGUUUGAGAAAAUGGUUCAAGAAGGGGUGAAGCCGUCAUCCUGGACUUAUAAUAUUCUCAUUCAUGGAUUGCUUAGGAAUGGCAGGGCGGAAGCGGCGUAUACUAUGUUUUGUGACCUCAAGAAGAAGGGCCAAUUUGUGGAUGGGAUUACUUACAGCAUUGUUGUGUUGCAACUUUGUAGGGAGGGUCAAUUAGAGGAGGCGCUGCAGUUGGUGGAAGAAAUGGAAAGCAGAGGUUUUGUUGUUGACCUUGUUACUAUAACAUCCCUCUUGAUUAGCAUUCAUAGACACGGUCGCUGGGAUUGGACGGACCGCCUUAUGAAGCAUAUCAGGGAAGGUAAUUUGGUACUCUCUGUUCUCAAAUGGAAAGCUGGAAUGGAAGCUUCUAUGAAGAACCCACCUAGCAAGAAAAAGGAUUACUCACCCUUGUUCCCUGCCAAAGGAGAUUUUAGUGACAUCAUGAGCUUCAUGAGUGGUCCCCAGGAUACCGCCAACAUUAAUGAUGGGGAGGAAACUUCCAGCAAUGAAAUUGACGAGUGGUCAUCAUCGCCAUACAUGGAUAAAUUGGCCAAUCAAGUGAGCUCCGCUGGCCAUUCUUCCCAGCUGUUUACUCCUUCUCGUGGACAAAGAGUUCAAGAAAAAGGGUCGGAUUCUUUUGAUGUUGAUAUGAUGAAUACUUUCUUGUCUAUAUUUUUGGCCAAGGGAAAGUUGAGCUUGGCUUGCAAACUGUUUGAGAUUUUCAGUGAUGCAGGUGUGGAUCCUGUGAGUUAUACUUAUAAUUCUAUCAUGAGCUCAUUUGUCAAAAAGGGCUAUUUCACUGAGGCUUGGGCUAUUCUAACUGAAAUGGGAGAGAAGUUUUGCCCAGCUGAUAUAGCCACAUACAAUAUGAUCAUUCAAGGUUUAGGAAAGAUGGGAAGAGCAGAUCUAGCCAGUGCUGUUCUUGAUAGGCUACUGAAGCAGGGUGGUUAUCUUGACAUAGUUAUGUAUAACACUCUCAUCAAUGCUUUGGGGAAGGCAGGCCGAAUUGAUGAGGUGAACAAGCUCUUUGAGCAAAUGAGGAGCAGUGGGAUAAAUCCUGAUGUUGUCACUUAUAAUACAUUAAUUGAAGUUCACAGUAAGGCAGGGCGAUUGAAGGAGGCUUAUAAGUUCUUGAAAAUGAUGCUGGAUGCGGGAUGCACUCCUAACCAUGUUACAGACACAACUUUAGAUUAUCUAGGGAGGGAGAUUGAUAAAUUGAGAUUCCAAAAGGCAUCAAUUUUGAGCGAAAAAGAUGAUCCAUCUUGAGAUGGCAAACUUGGGUAUAACUUAAGUGCUGGGGAUGGGAUACAAUUCUAGCAGACUAUGAAAUUGGAAUUUAUAAUUUAGUUUUGUCCUGAGUUGUGGUCUGCUCAUGUUCCUGUGAUCAAAGACAAUGUUAAUUAUUUUUAAGAAAUUGCUGUGCUAAUAAUUGAAGCUCAGAGAUAAGAACUCAGAACACCUAAUGGAUUCAACCUAACUUCGUCGUGGAUGUUAUUGGAAGCCUGGAAUCGUUGCAGUGCUAGGCAUCAUGUAUAUCUAGAUCAGAAAUUGGUGUAAGUGCGAGCUUUCUGUACGUGUUAUGGGAUAUGUGAAACACAUACAUUAAAGUGUCACACACUAGCAGAACAGAACAUAUACUGAACUGAAAAUAAUUUGAUCCUGGAGGUUAGAUGUUUUCUUUUCUGGGUUACAGCAGGUUAGUGAUUUUUGACAGGACAUUAAUUAUUUAUCCCAUGUCUACGAACUUAGGUGCAAUGAGAAAUUGCAAAUUAAAGAAGCAUAUCCUGUAAACCAUCGCUCAUUAUAUUUCAUUCAUUGCACUCCCUUUAUCCAUUCUUUUAUUUGUCUUGUGGUCUCUACUUUACAAAUUAAAUAGGGACUCCACUCGUUAUUACUCCUUCAACAAUAUUCACUGGUUCUUUAACAUUGCUACGUGUGUAUUGUGACCUAAACAUUUAUCACUGGCGGCUUUUCUUU